UAAAACCUGACUCUAGCGCUACGUAUUCCGCCCCUGCGCAUAAGCUUUCUUCUUUCUCAAUUGUGCCUUGAAUCAAAGUCCUCAAACUUAUUUAAAAGAAGAGCUUACCGAAAGACGUUAUCAAGGUGCCACACUUAUCUGAAUAUUAUGAAUUCAGCUGUUGAGAGGUAAGUUCACUACCACCUGUACAUGUUUGUUCAACCAAAUAAAAGAAAGAAGUCUGGUUAAUUUUUAAUAGAUGCUAUUAUGUGAACCUGGUGAAUUAUUUGUUGAGUUAUUUUAUUUGGUGUAUUAAGUUAUGUUUAUUAUCUGGCAUAGUCAAGAUUUUGUCAGUACUUUUAUUUUCAGAUUUAAUGAUAUUUUUAGGCAAAUGUCACCAUAAAAAGGAACUAAUAUUUAAAGUGAAAGAUAAGGUGAUAUGUACUCGGGAACAAGUUCCCUCAGAUUAGCAGUUUUCAGUUUCAGAUAGUCCGAUAUGUUUAGUGGGUCGCUCCCCUGGGCUGUCGGAUUGGCGCCUUUGAGUACAUAUCACGGGCCCACAGAGUAAAAUUAGCCACAAAGAGUUAUACAGAAAGUUUAAUGAGAUCUCUUUCAGAAAUUUUACAGAAAGUUGUUUUUGAGAUCACUUUCAGAAAGUGUUACAGAAAGACGUUUUUGAGAUCUCUUUUAGAAAGUUUUACACAGAUGUUUUGAGAAGAAAUUUUGAGAUCUCUCCAGCAGUUUUGAGAAAUUAUUUUAGAAAAUAUUUUCCUUUUGAGAUCUCACUCAGAAUGUAUUUGAGAAGUUAUGUGUUAGUUAUUUGUUCAGUGCAUGCUUAUAGCCUAAAUUUAUCUAUUGAUAAAUUGGCAUAGACUUCUAGAUAUUUUUGUGGAUCCAUAGUGACUUACUAAGCGUAAAGCUUAUCAGUUUUCUUUCUUCGCAUGUACAGAUACUAAGGGUAAGGCCAAGGCCUAGGAAGAUGAUGAGGGUGUGGAACGCGUGCCAAGAUGAGUUAACGGGAACGACCUUGGCGACUUUUAGUUAGAUAUUAUUUUGUUUCAGUAUUUUAAUGUUAUAAUAAAGAGAUUAUUAUUAUUUAUUUUAUUUGAGGAUUUAACGUUUGAAUAAAUUCCUGGAUCCAGGUGGUUAUCACAUUUGCUGGUGAUAACUAGAUUUUAUUGAGUUUUUAUUUGGAACUAUAUUUUAGUUAUAUUUGAGAUUUUAUCAGGGUUAUUUUCUUAAAUAGAUGACCAUUAUAUUGCAGUUAUUUUUAAAAGUAGUAAGUUAGUGUAACGUUUCCUUUAACCAUGAGAGGGGCGUUACAAGUUUGGUAUCAGAGCCCAGGUUGUCUCGUAACUUCAUUUGUCACCGUACAUGUGCUCGUCAUCUUCCAAGUAAGUACUUAUUUAUGUUAAAAGUUAUUUAUGUGAAAAUAAAUUUGCAGUGUUGUUGGCAUUAGUUAGAUAGAAAAGUCAAGUAAGAGUAAGAGUAAUAUGUACUGAACUCGUAAAAGCUUUGUGGUGGUACAAGUUAUUUAGAUUAAAUUUAUUCGAGUGCCUAUAUUCUUGAGUUAGGUCUUCUACUUCAUUUAGGAAGUACUUAGGGAUGUUAUAUAAAAACACCAUCGUUCAAGUCAUACACCUUCAUAAUUAAGUAUCUGCAGCCUUCCAUUUUUUUAGCCUUUGUUGAUCUUUCAUAGCAAAUAUUCCUCAUACAUAGAGAUUGCUCAUGAUUAAAAUCCGAGUUAAGUUGAAAAAUAAAAAUAAAAAGUGUCAUAUAGUCUUGAUCUUCUCAUGAUUGAGUAAAUGAAUUAUGUCACAAGCAGUGCUAUUCCAGCUGUCCUUUUAUAUAGCUUGUAGUUUAUUCAUUGCCUAAGAUUUGUUAGUUAUAUUUUGAAAUUAAGAAGAAUAAUAAAGAGUUUGUCUGAUAUUUUUAAAGCAUCACAUGUAAUUGAGUUUACAUGGGAUUACGAAUUUCCGUAAGCAUACAAAAUCAGUUUGUUAUGUAUUUUUAUUUAUUAUUAAAAUCAUAAAAUAAAAUAAAUAAAUAAAACGUCGUGCCGCGACGUUAACUAAGGCGCUUCUUGGGAGGCAACCCAAGCUAAGGUACACAAUUUUUAUUUUUUUUUCUUUUCAUUUUCAGUUUGAAUGUCAACUUUGAGAGAAUGAGGGACAAUUCUCCAAAGAAAAAGAGAGAAAAAGCAUGUUUUAAAAGUUUGGGGAAACCUCCGAUCGGGCAUAAUCACUUACUCGACCGGAUCCCAAUGAAAAAAAUGGACAAAAUCAAAACCCAGGGUAAUAUACCCGAUCGGGUAACACCUACACCCGGUCGGGUAUAUGCGAAAAUAACAGAGGUCAGGAUCGAGUACUCUAUACCCGAUCGGGCAUAUUUCUUGGCUCGAUCGGGUAUAUUUUGGCGAAAUCCUACGGCACAACAAACCCGACCGAGUACACCCCAUACUCGAUCGAGUACACGACCCCUGGAGCGUUUUUGAAAAAAAAAAUGAGGUUAUACCCGGUCGGGUAUAUUAAAAUGAUUUUCUGGGAAUUUCUACGGCGCAAAUCACCCGAUCGGGUAUCAUCCCUUACCCGGUCGGGUACACAAGUUUUAAACCCAAUCCGGACGCCCAAAAUCAGUCAUUUUCCCCAAAUUCCUCCUCAAAUUCAAACCUUCUCUCUAAAAACCCCUCCAUUCCCAAACCUUAUUUCUUCAAUUACACCCUCAUUACUCACCCAAAUCCACCCAAACCACCACCAAAAUACUCCCCUUACUCUCCUCUACAAUCGAACACUCAAAAUCUUCAUCUCCCCACAUAUUUACACAAAGUUCAGGUCAAAUCAAGGGAACAAUUCAAGGCUACGAGGAUGUCUGUUUCAGCCCGGGGAUGACGGAGACGAGCACUAGGGACAGUGCUUCGAUCUAAGUGAGGGGGAGUCACUCAUUGAUACGUACUUAAGUUUGAUACCUUGUAACUGGCAUUAUUUUCUUCACACAAAAAAAAACAAAAACAAAAAAAAAAGUAAGAAAAAAGAAAACAAAAAAAGAAAAAAAAGAAAUGCUAGUUAGGUUGAAAACCCAAAAAUUGGCAAUCUAAGCCAAAAGGGCUUAUAAAAAUGAGUGAGUGGAAAAGAUGAAAAAAUAAAAAGAGUUGCUAGGAUGAAAACCUGAAAAGGCUCCUAGGCAAAAUGAGAGAUAUGAGAUAUAUAUUUGUAUUUACAGGACAUCAUUUAAUCUCUUGAACAUGAAAAGAGGAGAAGAAAGGAGAUGAGCAUAGAAGGCCAUGAAACCCAAGAAGAUAUUGUUCUUUAAGCUAAACACUCAAUGUAAAACUCAAGUUUUAUCCUUGGUGGUCUUUUGAUUCUUCUUGUUGAUUGUUGAACUCUUGAGGACUUGGAACUAUUAAACAUUUGACUUUACUCGAGGACGAGUAAAGAAGCUAAGUGUGGGGGAGUUGAUAUUCAUGUAAUUUCUGAUUGUAUGUUUGUAUUUUUAACUAGUUUUUAUUAGUUCUAGUUGUGGAAAUUACACACUUUUGGUGUAAUACUUUAUUUUCAUUUUUAUUUGUAAUUUAGUUAGAUUAGGAUUUUUCUGAGCUAAACAGGCCAAAGAUCAUAUAAGGGAUCAAGAUUGGACCUUAAAAGAUCAAGGAAAGUGCAAGGAGACAAGAAAGAUUUCGAUUUGGAAAAAAUACUCAUGUACCCGGUCGGGUAUUGCCUAUACCCGAUCGGGUAAUUGCUUGAUUCAACUGUCCACAUCAAAUCCGAAGACAAAUGAUCGUGGGAGCAAAUUUUCAUAAAGAUUUGUCGCAUACCCGAUCGGGUAUAUACCCUUACCCGAUCGGGUAUGCCCAGAAAAAUCACUUUCUGGGCAUUUUCCUGAGAUACCCGGUCGGGUAUCCUAUAUACCCGGUCGGGUAUCAGACCCUGCAGCUCCCAAAAGCCUAUAAAUACACCCCUUUCCUUCCCAAUAAAAUCACCAAUUCACAUAUACUCUUUAGCUCAGUUUAGAUUAGUGUUUUCUUUAUAUUUUCUAUCAUGUUUAGUCUCCAAAUGAGGAGCUAAACUCUUCCAUCUUGGUUUUGCUCCUUUGAAGCUUAAUGAAUUUGUAAGUUGUGAGUUAUUAUCUUUAAUCUUCUUCCUUGAAUAUUAAUUCUUCCUUUAAAUACUAUUUCUAUAUCAAUGUUGGGGAGUGUUACUAAAAUGAUAAUUAGUUAACAUCUUGACAUUAGUUAAAAUAAUAGUUAUUUCUUCCUCUACGUUAAUAUCGGGGAGUGUUACUAAGAUGACAAUUAGAUAACAUCUUGAUAUUAACUAUAGUAGGAUUCAUCUUCUUUAAUAUUCUUUCUUGAGUAUUAAUUAAUUCCUAUUCAUAUUUCAUAUUAAUAUUUUGAACAUUACUUAAAGGAUCAACUAGUUUUGUUUCAUAUAUUAAUUAAUACUAGAAUCGGUCGAUUAAUACGCUUGUUAUUAAUUCGGUCCUUUCACGGUAGUAAACUUGGAUUAUUAAUGCAUGCAUCUCAUGAUUAAUAAUCUAAGGGUAAUUAAUUACAUUGAUUAACCAAUAAACCGCUUGUGUUGAGGUUAUCAAUCUCAAUCGUUUUCAUCUUAAGUUUAUUGCUACUAUCAAGUUAAUAUACGGCGCUUGUUCUAUAUUGACUCGAUAGUAAGUUUUAUUAAUGAACGCAUCUCGUUAUUAAUAACUACCCUCGAUGAACUGGAUAUACUCCUCGAUUGAGUAUUCGAGAGGAAGAUAGUUAAAGAUAUAACCGGGAUCGACGAACAUUUCAUUAAGUGGAUUAAAGCAAAACCAAGUCUUCUUCUCAUUAAUUAACCCACAUAACUCGUUCAUCUUUGUGUUUUAAUAUUCUAAAAAGUUCUUCAACAACAAAUCUAAAACCCCCCCUUAUUACUAGUUAUAAAAAGAGAAGUAUUCUUUUCCCUGCGGAUACGAACCUUACUUCAUUAUACUACGUAUAAUUGUUGUAUUGAAUAUUAUUUUGAGUGCACACCACGACAAAGUGCACGUCAGGUGUCUAUUUGGACAAAGACCAAAGGGUCAAAUAGGCCCUUGAACUAAUAUACUUAUAGCAGCCUUUUGGAAUGUCUAGCCCCAACCACUGCCAUAGCCGCCGGCUACUGGCCACCGGCGACAACCUCCAGCCACCGCCCAUCGUUGCCGACUUCAGGCCUUCGAGCUGAUCCACUGUCGAUUUGCCCCAUGCCAUUGUCCGCUAUAAGCCGACACAAAUUUCCAGAAUAGAUAUUGCCGCCACCAACGUACUCUCCCAGUUAUUCAAGGGAGCUGGGGGGACAAUCAUUUAAUUAUAUUAGAUUGUGGGUAUUAAGGGCACGAAAUUAUUGUGCAAUCCUAUUUAAAAAAGAUUUAGAUGUUACUUCCAUUUGUACAAUUAUGUUUACAUUUAAUCCCAUUAAGGAUAAUUACACUCAAUAGAUUCCUAAAGUGGAUGAGAAGAGAAUUUAUGUUGCCGAAUGAUAAGCCUGUAUUUUGACUCAAGUUAUGUUUACCGGGCGUUGGUUCAAGUUUUGUGCUGUUUAGAGUCAAAAUCAGGAAAUUAGAUUCCCGCAUCGGCGCUUGAGAAGCAAUCGAGACGAGUUGAGAAGCAUUUGAGAGUGAAAUGAGAGAUUUGGAGGUCACCGGGAAGUUCACGAUAAAGAUUUGAUGACAAUGGAGAUCUAGGAUUGGUUAUGGGAUCAAAAGAAGACAAAUAGAGCUUAAAAGGGGCGAUCAGGAUGACCUUCGGUCAAUCGUUCAAACAUAUCUCUUUGUAGAAACAUCCAAAGAACACGAUUCAAGUUUCAUAUGAAAGCUAACUUCAAGGGAUAGAAAUCAUAUGCAGACAUUAUCCUGAUAAUAUGAGAGGAGAAAGGUGAAAAUGGACAUUGGAGUCAAAUGAUCGCUAUUCAGAUUUUAGAAUGCAACCUUCCACCAUUUUAUUCAUAUCAUUCGAUUAGAUGAUUCAAAUCCAAUUCUGCAAGUUAUGGUGGAUAGAGGACUUCACUAUCAACAACUUUUCUGAAGGAAGUUUUGUCAAAAUUGGACGAGAAAAGGUCAGGCACGGUCGUGCUUAGCAGAUAGGCACGCCGUGCAUGAAGAAGAAACAGGUACCACGCCACUGUCGUCCACGCUCAGCCGAGCGUACGUGCAGGUCCGCUUGGCGAGCGUGGCCCCAAAACGGGAAAAUAGGCUCUGGACGCUCAGCGUGGGCACCGAGUGUGCUCCCCAGAAGACCCGAUUUCGCUCGAAUUUGUCCGUUUUCUAUAAAUAAGGCAUCCAUACUCCUAUUUUGGGUUUACGAAAAUUACGGAGAGGCCUAGGGACGAAUUAACUUGCGUUUUUACGUCGUUUUCUUCAAGAACCCUGUGAUUAUUUGAAAGUUCAUUCUUUUUAAUUAAUGACAAUUAUUUCUAUUCAUCCAUAUUCUGUUGAUUAUUCAAUUAUGAGUUGUGAGUGGUUUAAUUAGAGAUUUGGGAUUGAUGAAGGGGUUAAUCAUGAUGUAUGGCUAGGUUCUUGUCAGACUAAUUGCAUGAAUGGUUUAAUUGUGUUUAAUUUGUGUUUGAUUAAUUUAACUGAGAUCUCUUGUAACCUAGAACGCACGCUAGAAUUACAAUUGCAUGUAGAAUAAAUUAAGAGAGAUCUAGUUUAUUCUAGGACACAUUCACACACACUUAGUCAUUCGCUAAGAGAUUAGUAGGGAUUAAGGGGUAGUAAGCUCGCUCGUCUUGGCAAUAAUUUAGGAUCCUAUCGCAUGAGAGAUCAACCUAGUCCCCUAAAUUAUUGUACAUACUCUACCCCGCGAGAGCGGUAAGAACUUAGUAAUGAUUAGCUAGGCUCAAUUAAACCAAUUUUAUGUGAUUAAGCCUGAUCUGCCAGAAAUCUGGUUAUCUCAGAAUCAAUCCCUUUCCGUUCGUCGUUAAUUGAGAAGAACCCAAUCUUUUAUUUAAUCGCUUCUUAGCAUUAAUUUAAUUUUAAUUCAACCAACCAACCUCGCACUUCACAUUUAUUUUAUUUCUUUUUAAUCGCUGAAUUUAGUUCAUUCUUAUUUCUAUUUUAUCCGUCCCUGUGGAGAUGAUACUCAUACUUCAACCACUAUUCUACAAUCUUUUAAAGUGCGAGAAAACUCACAUCAUGGAAGUACACUGAUUGUUAGCGGAUGUGCAUUAAUGUCGUACAACAACUCGCUAAUUAAAUGAACUAUUUUUAAUUAUAUAUUGCACAAAAGUAGUGAAAUUGCACAUAUUUUAAAUAAGGGUAUUUUCGUUAUUCAACUUUUUAAUGUGACGAGAUAAUUUUAUACUUUCAAUAAUCAUAUGAAUGUCUAAAACAAAGGUAGUCAUAUUUAAGGAAGUUAAAUAUUUUUAUUUAUAUCCCUGAAAUUUUCCCUUAACAACUAUAUUUAUAUUUAUAAUAUUUAUAAUCAAUUUAUGUACUCCCUCUUCAUUGCAUUUUUCAUUUUGGAUUGUCCAAAAUAGGUCACAUAUUUCCUUUUUUAGAAAGAAGUAUAUGUGGUCUAAAUCAUUUCAUUUUAAUAUAUAUAAAUCUACACUAUAAUUUUUUCUUUUUUAACCACUUUAUUACGUAGUUCGAUAAUAAUAACUAGGGCAAAACAAAACAUGACACAUAAAAUGAGACGGAGGUAGUAGUAUAUUGAAAAAUGACAUUGCACAUUUUACUAAUAGAGUAAUAUAUAUAUUUGCAAAGUCUCAUUACAUGUUUUGUAGGUUUGUAAGAUUUCUCUUAUCUUGGCAUUGAUUCCAUGUAUCAAUGAUGUUCAAGUAGAUUACUGUAAUAUCAUAAUCUCCAUAUGCCAUUUUAUCAUUCUCAUGAUACACCCAAUACCAAAAGCAUUCUUUUCCCUGAUUUCUAACCUCAGGGCAACAAUCGGGAAAAGGAUAUGUUGUUGGAGGAACACGCCCAUCAUUUCCAUCAUUUUGAAUAUAUUGCAUUAUAAGCUUCCAACACUCAUCAUUUGGUUCCGGUUUGGAGCAUUGAAGAGUAAGAUCACAUAAUGAGAGCCUUGCUUUUCCAAAUGCUAACAAUAAAACGAAAGAGAUGAUGUAGAUUCGCAUUUUUAUUUCUCUUGGCCUACCAAGGACAAUAAAUCGAUACAAUAAAGUUUCUCCGUGG